UGGCUGUCGGAACAGCCUUCUGUUGUUGUUUCCAGCGACUCAUUGUCCUUGUGAUUCUCGGAAUAGUAGAUUUCGUUUCGUUGGAGAUGUUGUGCUACGUCCCUCUGCAGUUUUCUUGGUCGAUUGUGUUUUCGGUUUUAGCAGGGGUAUUGGUGGUAUCUGUUUUUCACUGCAGGUCGAUUUCGUUUAUUUUUGCACCUAUGUUGAUUUUUUUUUGGGCUUCUCGAUAUUCUGGUAUUGUUUGUCUUUUGGCACAUUUUUUUUUUUUGUUAUUUUGUUUCUGUCUCAGUUUUUUUUUUUCAAUGGAUUCCACCACACGUGUCAAGUUUACAGGCAAAAAUUAUUCUAUCUGGGCAUUUCAAUUUGAAUUUUUCCUCAUGGGAAAAGACCUUUGGGGUCAUAUUGAUGGCACAGAUGUCGCACAAACAUCCAACGCUGACAAGUCCAAAGAUGUCGAGUCUUCUCCUUCUUGGGAUGUGCUUGAUGCUCGGAUCAUGUAUUGGCUUCUUGGUUCAAUGGAAUCACAUAUUUUCACCAACUUGCGUCAUCAUCGCUCUGCUCAAUCCAUGUGGACUUACCUGAAGAAGGUUUAUCAUCAAGAUAAUGAUGCUCAUGGAGAUCUUAAAGAGUGUAUUUAUAUAAAACCACCUCCGGGAUUGUUCCCUUCUUCGACUUCGCAUGUGUGUAAGUUUCGUCGCUUUCAAUUAGAGCAUACGAUUGCCAUUUUUGAACAUGGCAAUCUUUCCAUCCAAGACUAUUACUCGGCAUUUCUGACUCUUUGGAAUAAAUAUAGUGAUCUAGUUACAUUGGAUGUUCCUGAUGCCGCUCUUUCAACUAUUCAGAAACUUCACGAGACUAGUCGGCGUGAUCACUUUCUUAUGAAACUACUCCCUGAAUAUGAAUAUGUUCGCUCCUCUCUGCUGAAUAAAUCUCCUAUUCCUUCUCUUAAUAUUUGUUUUGAUGAGUUACUUCGUGAAGAACAACAUUUUAGAACUCAAGCUACUCUGGAUCAAUCUCAUGACAAUUUAGGAACUGUGGCUUAUGCUACCCAAGGAUGCAGACUACCUAUGCAUUCUAAACACUUGAGCUGUUUUUGCUGCAAGGAAUAUGGGUAUAUUGAUGCCAAUUGUCCCAAGAAAUAUUGUUCUUAUUGCAAGAAGAAAUGUCACAUUUUCAAAGAAUGUCAUAUCCAUCCCCAGAAUCGUCAGUCCUAAGCAUUAUAGACUUCUGUUAUUGCACCUCCAGUAGUGACUCCUACACCACCUGCAACGAAUUACUGCACACCCGAAAUGGUGCAACAAUUGUUAAUUUCGGCAUUAUCAGCAAUGGGGUUUCGAGGUAAUACUUCUACUAAACUUUGGUAUGUGGACUCGGGGGCCUCUAAUCACAUGACAAACGAUCUUACAGCUUUAUGUCAUGUCCGGCCCUACGCUGGAAAAUUUUGCUAUUCAAAUUACCAAUGGCAGUUCCUUGCCGAUCACCGCUAUUGGAGAUGUCUCUUCUAAGUUUACUGAUGACCAAGUAACAGGGAAGCCAAUUGCGAAGGAACCUAAAGUGGGGCGCUUGUUUCCAUUAUUUUUGCCUAUUCCAACAUUUUCUUCAAUUUUUCCUAGUUUUUCCUUUGCUUGUACUAAUGUUUCAGAUCUUAGUAUGGUGUAGCAUCGUCGUUUAGGCCAUCUCAAUACUCAGAUCUUAUCUCAUGUAUUGAACUUUGGUUUACUUGGUAAUAAAGAACGUUAUUCUUCC